GAAAGGCGCCAGGACGCUACGUGACGUAAUCACCGCGCGCCCAGGAGCGGCGGGCUGGGGCAUGGAGCUGUUCCGCAUCAGCAGGUACACUGGUGAGGAGGAUGGUGCUGUGGAGAGUUCAUCGCAGGCGCUGUUGGAACGGCUGCGUGAGCAGGCAAGAGCCCGGCAGCUGAAGAAGCAGCAGCAAGAGGAGCUUUCGUCUUCUGGAGAAUUCAAGCUAAAGGAAACUGAGACCAAACUCCCUGAAAAGCCUAAAAGCAGAGACUCUGGCUUAGGUUCUGAGAACCAGUCGCAGAGAGAAACAAAAAAGAAAAAGAGGAAACAGAGCGACAAGGAUGUCUGUGCAGAGGGGCCAAAGAAGUUAAGGAAAAACCUCAAACGCAGCAAUGAUUCUGAUGAGCCUGCAAGACUGACUGAUUCCACCCUCACUGCUGAGGCAGCCCAAGGGCAUGUUCCAGUCAAAAAGAAAAAGAGAAACAACAAGAAAACGUCAGUUGUAUCACCAAAGGAAACUGAAGCAGAUCCUGAAGAAAAUGGUGAACAAGAACAAAAAAGAAGUAACUUGAAAAGAAGCCAGGCUCAAAAAAGGAAAAAGAUGGAUCUUUCAAAAGAAGUGAAAGCUGAUGGAGCUGAAAUGGGGGAGGAAGGCAGUGGUGAAGUUGUUAAUGGGAAUCAAAGUGGGAAUGAACAAUUGUCCACUGUAGGAAAGGAAAAGGCAACCCCACCACCCUCUAGUUUGAAGAUUCUUGGUGGUUAUGAUAAAAAGGCAGUACAUAAGAUUCAGCCCAUCUUGCCACAAUGGCUUGCUCAACCUAAGCUAGUACAUAAACGUAUCAAAGAAAACCUAGUUCCAAUCCAAGACGUCCCAGGAAUUCAUCCCAGACUUCUGAAGAAGCUGCAAGUGAAUGGAGUAGAGUCCUUUUUCCCAGUUCAGGUAGAGGUAAUUCCUGCCAUUUUGGAGGGUGCGUGCAAUGGCUUUUUGGUAGGACGAGGAGGAUACCAACCAAGUGACAUCUGCGUCUCAGCCCCUACGGGCAGUGGGAAGACACUGUCUUUCGUCAUACCUGUGGUACAGACUCUGCUAGAACGAGCAGUUUGCCAAGUGCGAGCCCUGGCAGUUCUGCCCACCAAAGAACUGGCACAACAGGUGAGUAGAGUAUUCAACAUUUACACUGAUGGGACAGGUUUGAAGGUCGUGUUGAUUACUGGGCAGAAAUCUUUCACAAAGGAGCAGGAGACUCUUGUUCAGAGAACGGUGAUGGGUUACAGCAGCCUGGCUGAUAUUGUUGUGGCCACACCUGGACGACUUGUGGAUCAUAUUGACCAGACCCCUGGAUUCAGCCUGAGACAGCUUCGCUUUCUGAUCAUUGAUGAAGCUGACCGUAUGAUUGAUGACAUGCACCAGAACUGGCUGCACCAAGUGGUGAAAGCUGCAUUCAGAGCUGAAGAGGAUUCUCCUUCCAGUGUUCUUUUCCAGAGGACAGAGCCAGGGCCUGUGACAGCAGCCAGUUUGUGCUGUCCCCAGAUACCACUACAGAAACUACUAUUUUCAGCCACACUGACUAGGAACCCAGAGAAAUUACAGCAGCUGGGCUUGUACCAGCCUCGACUCUUCACCUCCGUCUACUCCGAGAAACAAGCAAGCUCAGAUGGACCAGUGGCAGAACAGAAUGCUGAAAAGAAAUAUACCCUCCCCGAAGGGCUUUCGCAAUAUUAUGUGCCCUGUAACUUGAAUUCGAAGCCCUUGUUCCUGCUACAUUUCAUGCUGACAAUGAAGUUCACUCGUGUGCUGUGUUUUACCAACUCAAAGGAGACUUCACAUAGGCUGUUCCUGCUGGUCCGAGCCUUUGGUGGAGUGAAUGUGGCUGAGUUCUCUUCCAGGCUGACUCCAAGUGAGAGGCAGAAGACCUUGAAGGUGUUUGAACAGGGCAAAAUACAACUGUUAAUCAGCACAGAUGCUACUGCUCGAGGGAUUGACAUUAAAGGAGUGAAGUAUGUAAUAAAUUAUGACGCCCCCCAGUUCAUCAGAACAUACAUUCACCGAGUUGGAAGAACAGCUCGAGCUGGAAGGGCAGGGUUGGCAUUCACUAUGCUCCUCAAAGUGCAGGAGCAGAAGUUCUUGCAGAUGCUGAGGGAUGCUGGCUUCCCAGAGCUGGGGAAGCAGCUGGUAAAGAGUGAGUACUUAAAGUCAUUGUUAGAGAGGUAUGAGGAAGCACUGUCCCAGCUCCAGAAAACUGUCAAGGAUGAGCGAGCACAAAAACGCGCAUAAGACAACCCAGGAGAAAGAUGUAUGUUGUGGCACUGAGAGCAGCCAGGACAGGUGUUUUACUACAUUUUGUGGUUAUGAACUUGAACUGGUUGCUGGCAACAGCAUUGUGGCAACAAAAUGCAGUCCCAGAGCUGAUGGAUCAGCUGGUGAACCUUGCCAAGAAGCUAAUCACAUCCUUACUGACAGCUGUUCCCUGGACCCAAUACGUAUGUAUAGCUCAUUUCCACUCUGAGGAUGCUGGGAGCAAAGCUCACUUUCCAACUUCAAAAAUAUUGUUUGAAAAGGAGCUUAUAUCAACAGACUUAAAAUGGCCAACAGUAAGGGAACCAUCCUCCUGCCUUGGAGUAUGGGCCUGAGGGAGCAUCCAGUUACCAAAGAUGAUGAACCAGGCUCUCUAUCUCCUUGUCUUGGCCUGUGGGUCAGCUGGACUUACACCAUUGUUCCUUCUCCCUUGCUGCAGAAGCACCAUCUCUACUGGCAAACUCACCAGAAAGAAUGUACAAUGACUGUAGAACCAACCAGCAGCUUCAGGAGCUGUUCCAGAAUCAGGAUUCAAGAUUUUGUUUUUUUAAUAAAAAAUAAUAUUUAACAAGAUCUUCA